AUGACAGUAUCUCCCGAGGAACGGGAACGCUGUAUCGAACGUUUAUUUCGAACACUUGACAACUCACAGUCUGGAACCCUUGAUACAGAUGCAUUAUUAGAGGCGUUUCGCGAACAAUAUAACCCACUUCCCAGUUCAGAAGAGAGCAUAGAUGCACUUGUAUCUGAAAUUUCCUCUCAGAAAAAUGGAUAUUUUUCGUAUGAUGAAUUUAAAGAAUAUAUUACCAAUAUAGAAGAUCGAAUUGCAUUAUCAUUCAAAACAUUAGAUCAAAAUAAUGAUGGCAAACUUGAUUUCAACGAAAUUCGUGACGGUCUUGUGGCACUUGGAAUGGAUGCUAAUGACGAACGUAUUGAGCUUUUUUUCAAUUUACUCGAUACUGAUACAGAUGGAUAUAUUUCAUAUGAUGAAUGGCUUCGGUUUUUACUUUUUGUGCCUCUUGAUACUAGUUAUGAUAUCCCUUUAAGAGCAGCAUAUGAAUUUUUCAUUGAUGAGCUCGACCUAUCAGCAGAAGGCGAUUUUUUUGUCAGCAGUGAAACUCUUAAUGGAAUUGGGUAUUUUCUUGCUGGGGGUUUAGCUGGUGUCAUUUCUCGAACUUGUACCGCCCCAUUUGAUAGACUUAAAGUUUAUCUUAUCGCCAGCUCUGGUCAACCACUUCAAACAACCACUACAUCGACAGGAGGGUCAAUAGGAAAAACUGUGACUAAGGAGGCUAUAAGCUCAGCUUCUAAAUCCCGGGAAGCAGGACCUCUUGUUCGGGCGUUUAAACAUUUAUGGAGCCAAGGCGGAAUAAGAGCCUUUUUUGUUGGAAACGGCCUCAAUGUCAUCAAAGUUUUUCCUGAGUCAGCCAUGAAAUUUGGUUCUUUUGAAGCAGCAAAGAGAUUUUUUGCCCAAAUUGAAGGCGUAGAAGACACUUCUGAAAUUUCCCGUUUAUCUACAUUUAUUUCUGGUGGUUUAGGCGGUGUGGUUGCCCAGUUUACUGUUUACCCAAUAGAUACUUUAAAGUUCCGGAUACAAUGCGAAGCACAGUUUUCAAAUCUACGAGGAAAUCAAUUAUUAUUUGAAACUGCGUCUCAAAUGUGGAAUACUGGAGGAAUCAGGAUGUUUUAUCGAGGCCUUUUGGUUGGCGUUUGUGGAAUUUUUCCAUUUGCUGCUCUUGAUUUAGGAACCUUUGCAGCGAUGAAACGCGCACUAAUUGCUAGGGAGGCCAAGAAGCUUGGCGUGGAUCCAACAGAUGUUCGGCUAGGCAAUCUCACUGUUCUAACCAUGGGUGCCGCUAGUGGAUGUGUUGGUGCUUCUGUGGUUUAUCCUAUUAAUCUUUUAAGAACAAGACUACAAGCCCAAGGAACGCAUGCACACCCAUAUAAAUAUACUGGUAUUGUUGAUGUAUAUCGAAAAACCGUGGCUCGAGAUGGCUAUCGUGGCCUCUGGAGAGGUUUAGCACCAAACCUUGCAAAAGUUGCUCCAGCUGUCAGUAUAAGCUAUUUAGUAUAUGAGAACACAAAGACCCUCUUAGGUCUGGUUUGA